UCCGAAUGAACGAUUUUCGAGAUACGUUCGGGGGUUUUCUUUUGGAGAACUUUCGUACAUAGUAAGGCGCGAAACAAUUUGUUUACAUGCGGGAGUGGGACAAAUAUUCAUCACUGCAUAAGUGAAUCUAUUCAAUAAAUUUCUCAUUUGCAGUUUCAUCACACGGAUUCGACUGAUGCACAAACUAGAGACCUACAAUGUUGACCGGUCGAGUCUGUCAGUGUCGGGGGUGUCGUCUGGAGCCAUUAUGGCGUCACAGCUUCACGUUAUUUAUUCCAGCAGGAUCAUGGGAGUAGGACUGAUUGCGGGAGUGCCAUUUGCGUGUUCGGGUGGUACUCUGGCCGGGCUGACGACGUGCAUGUCGAUCCCGUCCCUGGAGUCUGUGUCUACAAUGGAGGCUUUGGUCUCCUCCGGAGCUCUGUUUGGUAACGCGGACGCCACCUAUCACAUGCGCCAUGACAAGGUGUUCAUCUUCAACGGACUGGAGGAUUCGGUCGUUCAUCCAGGCAAUGGUCCAAAUAUCGCACGCUUCUACAGACAUUAUAUCCACGACAGUCGGAACAUCAAGACGGUGUUCGACAUGCACACUGAGCAUUGCAUGCCGACAGACAGAGUUGGUGGUCCUUGCACUGUUCUAUCAAAAACAAAUUACUUGAAUAACUGUGGAUACAACGGUGCGUUCGAACUCCUCAACUUUAUUUACGGAGGACAUUUAAUGCGACCAUCCGGGAACACGACUCUGGCUGGACAGGUGAAGACGUUCAACCAAGCCCAGUUUUUCACGGCAGCUCCAGUAACGUACAGCCUCGACAACACCGGAUAUAUCUAUAUACCAUCGAACUGUCUGGACAAAUCCAACAAAUGUAAACUCCACGUUGCUCUGCAUGGGUGUAAAAUGGGCAGACAUUACAUCAAUGAGGACUAUGUCCGAAAUGGAGGUUAUAACGAGGUGGGGGAACUGAACGACAUCAUCAUCCUCUACCCACAGGUCGUACCCACACUCCUCAACCCCAGUGGCUGCUGGGACGGGUACGGCUACACGGGAGCCAUGUUUGCAACCAAUAAAGGUUACCAAGAAGAAGGCCUUAGACGUAUGAUGACGCAAGUCAUGGGGCAUUGGUGACGACCCGGUGAUGAAGACUAAUCAUCUAUCACCAACACAACAUUAUGAAUAAUAUUUGUUUUUUCUUCAUUAAAAUGUAUGAAAAUACUUUCA